GUUAUUCAUCAUUUGUGGAAUAUCCUUGCAGAGUCAAGCUCAUUGUGGGUGGCGUGGACGAACAAGUAUAGGAUUAAGGGGAGAAAUAUAUGGUCUCUCCCUGUUAGCACUGUUAGUACAUGGGUGUGGAAGAAAAUACCCAAAUGUAGGCAGGUGGCGCAGCAGCACAUCACUGGAGGAGGGGUGAGUUUGGCUUGGGAUGGUUUGGUUUCUCGAUAUUCUGUUAAGCGGGUAUGGGGGUCGAUCAGAGUUCCUUUGCCUGCAGUGUCAUGGGCUCAUGUUGUUUGGAGCAAACCUGUCUAUCCUAAACAUUGUGUGCUGCUGUGGUUGAUUAUUUUGGGAAGGAUUCGCACAAGGGAUAAGAUGAUUGGUUGGGGGGGUUAAUUGUGAUGGAUGUUGUGUGCUGUGUCCAGGGGGAUUUGAGAGUAGAGACCAUCUGUUUGGGUCUUGCUCUUUUGGCAGAGAGGUGCUACGGUUGAUUCUGACAGAUAUAUGUGUGUUGCCUUUGUUUGUUGAUUGGCAAGUGCAGAUGGAUUGGGCUGAACAAGUCUGGUCGCAGUCCUCUGAUAAAGCAGCAGUUGGAAGGGUAUUAUGGAUCAUGGGAAUCAGCACUAUAUGAAAGGAGAGAUGUGCGAGACUGUAUGGUUAUGGAGGUGUGGCUGCCAAUUCUCCAUCUCGAGUUGCACAGAAAGUUAUGAAGGAGUUCCUUAUAUUUGCCAGUGGACAAAUCCCUUACCAGAUGAGAGUACAGAAAGUUUUGAAGGCCUGAAGUAGAGUUUGCAGUUUUAGUAUGUUAAUUUUCGUUUUUCUUGGGUUAUGAAGUUUUAGCUUGUAAUAGCAAAGUUACUUUUUGAGAGAGAAGCUGCGAGUUGCACUUCUCCGGGCCUUAAUGCAAUUUUUGAUUAACCAUUAAAAAAAAACAAGCACUUAACGUCAAGAGCAAAUUCAUUCAUCAUCAUCAGAAAUCCAUACUUGAUAAAAAGAAAAACUGUAUUUAACAAAACAACAUCGACAAAUUCAUGAUCUGCGGUAUGCUUCAAAUCCGCCGAUAGCAUCAAUAGCAACUGGAAAAGCUGAAAGUGCUCAACGAGUGUAACAAUAGUAUAUUACAAAACAUAAGCAGCCGAACUUUGUUUGACUUACUUGAGAACUGGAAAAGAAGUACGGCCGUUGGCAGUCGGCGGUGAGGAAAACUGGAGCAGAGGUUUGCUGUUGGCAGUCGGCGACGAGGAGAACUGGCGAAUAGCAGAGCAGAGGGCCGGUUCGAAGGGAAUGGAGCAAUACGAGGAGAAGCAGCUGCGAUUUCUAAGUUCUAACCUAGAAUUUCGAUUCGAAAUUAAGGUCUAGUUGAAGACGACACCGUUUGGAGGGUGAGCCAUGCAGUGCACUUCUUAUGCUUUGAACCCUAGUUCUAAUAUUUAGCGCAGGCCGGCAGGCCCAUAGGACCAAAAUAUUUUUGGGUGGAUAGGGCCCAUCUUAAUCUUUGAAGCAGCUUGUUCAGAAACAGAGGGUUCAGGAGAGGGCAAAAAAAGCUCUGAAAUUCCAUUGCCGGGCAGCUCAGCUCCGAUGAACUGUGAACUGCCGCUUCUUUAAUCUUUAUCACUACCACCGCCACAGCCAAAUGCGCGCCCAGGCUAUGAUAUGGGGCAGCCGUCGUCUUGGUCGACGGCUUCCCUCUGCUAAUCGCGGCUGCAGGAAACCCUUGGUCUGCUUCGGGCCUUCGUUGCAACACUACUUCAGUUCCUCUUCAUUAUCCACAGUAGACCAUUUUGUUCCGAGACAUUCUAACCUUACCACGUCUGGAGUAUUGAAUGGAUGUAGGGUUCCAAGGUCUAUCCUGCAAACCUCAUCUGCACAUUUCCCUUGUCAUUUGACUUGGAUGCAGAAGAGAAUCGACAAUUUCUCAAGUACCAGAGACAGGACGACCGGGCCAUCACUUCAGCUGAAGACAGAUAGUGAUGUAGUCAAGUUCUCUGUUGGUAAGUUAUCGAGAGAAGAUGGUUCAGGAAUGGGAAACAAGAAACCUAAGAAGGUUAAAAUGUCUAAACGAGCUAAGGUCAAUGAGCUCAGAUUUUACCGUCUCAAGGCGAAAAAGAAGAUGAACUCCUCCAACCCAGAAGUGAGAAUCAGAUACAAGCUUGAAAAGGCCAAACGAAAAGAGGCAUGGUUGAUUGAGAAGUUGAUGAAAUUUGACCUUCCAAGGGGUCCUCCUGAAACCUAUGAUCCUGAAAUAUUGACAGAGGAAGAGAAGCAUUACCUCAAGCGCACAGGUGAGAAGAAGAAAAACUUUGUUAUAGUUGGGAGGCGAGGUGUUUUUGGAGGUGUUGUUCUUAAUAUGCAUCUUCACUGGAAGAAGCACGAGACCGUGAAGGUUAUUUGCAAACCUUGCCGGCCAGGGCAAAUUCAUGAUUUUGCGGAUGAGCUUUCUCGAUUGAGCAAAGGAAUUGUAAUCGAUAUAAAGCCAAACAAUUCCAUUGUAUUCUAUAGGGGGAAGAAUUAUGUGCAGCCAGAAGUUAUGUCCCCUCCUGAGACACUAUCAAAAGCAAAGGCUUUGGAGAAAUAUAGGCUCCAACAGUCACUUGAGCACACGAGUCACUUUAUUGAGAAGCUGGAGAAAGAGCUUGAAGAAUAUCUAGAGCAUGCAUCACGUUACAAGAAACUGAAGGAUGAAGCGCAGUGCUGCAGCAUGCCAAAUACAGAUGGUGACCAAAAUUGCAGAGGCCUAUAGUGAAAUGAAUGAUUCAAUUAGGAUGAAACGCGCCCGAGAUACCAGGCCAGUGAAAGCGUCGUUAGCAAAAUGAGAACACCUAGAAAGUGGUAUUCUGCAGCAGGGUUGGCACAAACGAUUGAGAGGAGACCAUGAAAGAUGCCGCGACAUCAAUGAUGAUAUUGGAUGUAAAGAAGUGAUGGUGGAGUUCUUUGGAAAAGCAAGCUUUUCUAUGGCUUCACUAUGUUGGCUACAAUUCUAGAGCUUCAUCGGUGUAUGGCUGGUUGCAGUGGCCCUUGCAACUAGCUCGCGGUGUAUAACAUCUGAGCUCUGAAGUGGAAUCAUCUCCCUUGACAAGUACUUCAACGUACAUGAACUAUGAGGUAUUUACCUAAACUUAAACAGAAGCUGCUGUGAGGUUGGGUUCCCAAUCCUGUUCAUUCAGUUGGCCAGAGAGAUGCUACCAAACAAUGUAUCAGUAUUUUACCAAAAAAAACAAUGUAUCAGUAAACAUUUAUUGGAACUCUGUACCUGCAAGUUCUGUCAAUCUAACCGGCUCUAGAAAAGCCCUCAAACUUGGAUGAGUUGAGUUUGAUGAGAUUUAUAAGCGGAGGAAUACUUGUGAUCUUGGUAUAUUCUGUGUGUGUAUUCCAUUGACAUGGGUAGAAUCAAAUUUGUAAGUGGCA